AUCCUCUGUGUAGAAAGAGUUAAUUAGAGAAGGUCAGCAAUCUUGAAGAUUCAAGGUUAUGUCCAAACACAGAAAAGAAACCGACAUGAAACUCAGUUGGUGGGACUGAAGUGAUUGUUUUCAGUACUAUCUGCAACACCUACUUGGGGGAAGUGACAACUUAAGUCAAAUUAUCUUGAGUUAGAGUCAUUUGAGGGACCAGCAUGACUCCAUAAUGUUGUUAUAAGCCAUCGAUGUGAGUCCACAGUGAAGAAAGAACACAUACUUGUACCAAGGAUUGUGACAAUUUAUUUUAGUGUUUCCUGUGAAUUUCUCAACAUGGAGAUGCUUGAAUUUGAGUUUGAUUUUGAUAAUGAACUGGAUUUGAAAGGAAGUGCCUACACAUCUUUCAAGAUGGCGGCCUCGUCGGUGGAUUCUGGGAAUGAACUAGAAGAGGAGGUGCGAGGCCUGAGUGUUAACAGCUCCCGGAGUUCCUCCCCAAAAGAACAGAAUUCCCUCAAUGUGGCUUCGCCAUCUAGUGCUUCAACGGUUGCCCUGACAACGCCAAUCAACAUACCAGUCUCAGGUAGUAUUAAUCUAAGUGGAGAUAACAACUCAUUGGCCCCACCAUCACCUACUUUUAAAAACCGAAGCUCCUCCAGUGCCUCUUACAAUGAGGAUAUGGACAGUGCACGAGAAACACCGAGGCAGAUAUCUUCCCCUUUUAGUUUUGGGAAGAUUGAUAUGAGCCAUUCUGCUAUAGCACCAGCACCACCAAAACCUCAAAGAAUGACCAGUCCACAAGAGGAUGAGAUUGAGGUCCUUGUAUUUGUGGAGCAACCUAAUAGAACCUUGUACUGCCUACUCUGUAGGAUGGUCUUCCAAGACCCUGUUAUUACUCAGUGUGGACAUACCUAUUGUAGAAAGUGUGUGACUUCUAGACAAUUUGAAAAGUGCCCCGUGGAUAAUAUGAAGCUAGCUGUUGUGGUGAACAAUAUCGCUGUGAAUGAACAAGUUGGAGAGUUAUUAAUCCAUUGCAAGUAUGGUUGUAAACCAAGUCAGAUCAAUCUAGGUGAAUAUGAAGUAGAUCCAGAAGGAUGCCCAUUCACCAUCAGGAUUAGUGAUAGAAAAGAGCAUGAGUCACAGUGUGGCUAUGCCCCCGUCCGCUGCCCCAAUAAUCCGGAUUGUCCGCUCGUCCUAAAGAUGAAUCUGGAAUCUCAUCUCUUGAACUGCAACCUCUGUAAAUGUGAUCAUCAACGAUAUGGUUGCCAUUUUGUAGGCACGCAAGAACAGGUGGAAGCACACCUAUCUCAGGGUCAGUGUGCCUAUGACAGCAUCAAAGACUUCCUCUCUGCCUCCGAUGAUAAGAUCCGAGAACUCCAGAUGACCAUCCACCAGAAGGACCAGGAGAUAGGUUUCCUGCGCUCCAUGUUAGGCAAGCUCUCAGAGAGGGUUGACAGGCUGGAGAAGUCAAUGGAGAUGAAAAUAAACUACAUGGACGAUAACAUCAACCGAGUAGAGAAGACGAUCGUUGAUCUGGAUGAGAACCAGAGGACGAUCUCGGAGGAGCUCAUCGACCAUGAGAGAAACUAUACCAUGGUCAAUAGAGAACUCUCUGUCAUCAAUGCUAGGCUUAACUCGGGAGCGGCUGGAGGUAAGACUAGUUUCUUUGCUUUCAUUGCAGUUUAACCUACAGAAACUUCUUCCAAAAUCAUGACAAGAUAACAAUUAUCCGUCGCAUUUUGAAAUUGUGUCGAUUGCACGUGUACUACGCCACACACCCUAUACACUGCAUAUCUUUAAAAGGUUUACACUGUGAAAAAGUCCUUGAAAUUGAAAAAAAUACAACACAGGAAUAAAAUUUCAACAUAAAUUCUUCGGCUUUGAUGUCUUUGUCUAUCAGAUUAAAGUAGAAUUUUU